GUAUUAAAGCUGAUCAACAGUCACAGUGCUCUCCUCUGAUGUUUUAUAACCCACAUAAACAGAACAUGAUAAUUUCAGAGUCCGUCAUUCGAUAAUUAAAUCUCUAAUCAAUCAUGAAUCGGUUAGUCGUGACCGUCGAUGCUUUGGCUCGAGCGCUCCGUCAAACGGUUUGGAUCAGACUCCGAGUAAUCAAUGUGAGAGAGAAUGAAGUGGACUCUUGAAGCGCACAGCUGGAGCAGAAAACUACUGUUCAGGGUUUCAGGUGCAGAGAGACACCAUCUCCUGUUUGUUUACACCGUCCUCAGCAAACCUGAUGGAGUCUCUGGUCCUGUGUUCAGUGCAGUGUGUGUGUAUGACGACCGAUGGAUCUCUCACUACAGUAAUGAAGAACACUGGAAAAGAUAUCGUUUGGAUGCAGAAAUCUGGAGAUAUACCAGAGAACCUCAUGAAUCUAGAGACUGGUUCAUAAAUCUGGUUAACUCUCUGGCAAACUGCACAAGCUCCAGAUGUGAAGGCCUCCAUACACUACAGAGGAGAGUCGGCUGUGAGGUGGAGAAACAUCCAGAUGGAGCAGUGAUGAAUGUGAACGCACUUGACGAGUACGGAUAUGAUGGAGAGGAUUUUAUUUUCUUUAAUUAUGACACAAUGAAGUGGAUUGAAAAAAGUCCAAAGGCAAAAGAAACCAAAAUGAAAUGGGACGCUGACAGAUUUCGCAAUCAUUAUCUCCAGUUCUACCUCAAAGACUGCAUCGACUGGAUCUCCACAUAUAAUGCUUCGAUUAACACUCCUCCAGUUCUUCACAUGUUUGCAUCUGCAGCUCCUCAUGACCAAAGCGAGCUGAAUCUGACCUGUCUGGCCACUGGCUUCUACCCCAAACACAUAGAGAUGAAGAUCACGCUAAACAACAUCACAGUCCAACCCUUCAGCUCUUCUGGAGUCAGACCCAACGAUAACCAGACCUUUCAGGUGAGAACCAGUGUGAAGAUACACAGAGAUGAGAAACGGGGUUAUGAGUGUCACGUCCUUCACAGCGGUCAGACAUUUACAACAUCAUGGGAUGGAAGCCUUGGUUCUAGAAGUCAUCACUGGGCAGAAGUAGCUGCAGGUGCUCUUGUGAUUUCAGUUCUAUACAUCAUGUUUUUACUCUACAAAAAACAGAAGGUUCAACGGCCAGAUGAACUGCAGUAG